AUGUCAAAUAAUAAUAACAAUAAUCACCAUCAUCAUCAACAUCAUGGUAUUGACCCACCUAUAAUUAUUGAUAAUAUCAACGAACCACCGGAUAUUCCAGAUAAUACGUCACUAGCAUCAUCAGACUCCGAAUCUUCGCAGCAACAUAAGCAUCAGGUAAAUCCCAUACAACAUAGUAAUGAAUCUGGCACAGAUAAUAAUGACUAUCAGCAUCAGAUUUUAGGACCAUUAGCAGAUUUGGAGAGAAGUAUAACGUCAUUUGAAAAUUUACAACGCCAACAAGAACAAGAAAAUUUAAAAAAGCAACAAUCAAGAUUAACUCAAACUACAUCAAGAAAAACUUUAAGAGUUCCAAGAGCAGAUAAAAGGGGCUUAUUUGCAUCAAUCGUUUUUGUUCCUGAAUAUCAUGAUGCCAGAGACUAUCCUUCAAAAAUCAAAUUUUUAAUUGUUUUUAUAAUAGCAUUUGCAUCAAUUACUGGACCAAUGGGAACAUCAAUCAUGUUACCUGCUCUUGAUGAUAUAACUGAAAAAUUGCACACGACAGGUUCCGAAGUUAAUGUAUCAGUUGGUAUAUAUCUUUUAGCAUUAGGAAUUUUCCCUCUUUGGUGGUCAUCAUUUAGUGAAAAAUAUGGAAGAAGAUCAGUUUAUAUAAUAAGUUUUAUUUUAUUUGUCGGUUUUUCAAUAGGAACUGCAUUAGCUCCAAACAUCUCUGCAUUAAUUGUCUUGAGAGUAUUACAGGGUGGUUCAUCAGCUUCAGUUCAAGCUGUUGGAGCGGGAACAAUUGCUGAUUUAUAUGCACCACAAGAAAGAGGUAAGGCUAUGGGUUGGUAUUAUUUAGGACCUUUAAUGGGUCCCUUUUUAGCUCCCAUUUUAGGUGGGGCGGUAUCACAAGCAUGGGGUUGGAGAGCAACACAAUGGUUAUUGAUGAUUUUUGCUGCUUGUAAUUUAAUACUAAUGACUUUCUUAUUACCUGAGACGUUAAGAAAAGCAGAUAAUAUGAAUGCUAUCAGAAAUUUAAUGCAACAACAACAAGACGAGAAGGAAAAAUUCGAUAGCGAUUCUAGUGAUCAACCACAUGAACCACCACAAGCAUUAAAUGAUGAAACAUUACAAAGAGUUGCAACUAAUUUGAGUCGUAGAUCAAGCGCUAGAUCAGUAAACUCAUAUAUGGAAGAUGGUGACGAUGAAGGACCAAUCGUUGAUCCAGUCAUGCCCACAUUAUCAAGAUUAUCAACCAAUAAAUCAACUUAUUCUCGUCGAUUACAACAAAAUUACGUAAAUGGAGAAAUUCGAAAUGCAACUUCAAAAAUAUCAUUACCACAACAAGAAUCUAAAUGGUCUAAUUUCAAGACUAAUUCUUAUGAUUUAAUCAUAAGACCAUUACAUUCAACUAUUUUAUUAAAACAUCCCCCAGUAAUAUUAGUUAUAAUGUAUUCAGGUAUAUCAUUUGCAGUGAUUUAUUUUUUUAACAUGACUAUAUCAUAUCAAUACGCUAGAUCACCUUAUAACUUUUCACAAAUCAUAGUAGGAUUAAUGUAUAUACCUAAUUCUGUUACAUAUUUAGCAGCAUCAAUUAUAGGAGGAAGAUGGAAUGAUAGAUUAUUAAAUAAAUAUGCAGAAAAACAUGGUGAAUUAGUUCCAGAAUCUCGUAUUUCUUGGAAUAUAGUAGUAGCUGUAAUUUUAUAUCCAAUGGCUUGUCUAAUUUUUGGUUGGACAAUUAAAUAUGGAGAAUUUUGGGUUGUACCAUUAAUAGGAACAUCACUUUGUGGAUUUGCUUCCAUGUUAGUUAUUGGAGCAACAGUAACUUAUUUAGUUGAUACAUUACCUGGUAAAGGUGCAACUGGAGUUGCAUUGAAUAAUUUAAUUCGUCAAAUAUUAGCUGCUAUAGCCACAUUUAUUGUUGAACCAUUACUUAAAGCAAUUGGAGCUGGGAUUUUAUUUAGUAUAUUGACUGGGAUAUUAACUGUUGCUUCGUUAAUUUUGGUUUAUCUAAAGAAAAGAGGUGGAUAUUUUAGAGAGCAUUACGAUUUAAUGAAAUUAUAUGACAAGUUAUAG